AAUUACACCUGGUCACUACCCCCACGGUCGCUCAGCUUUUCACCUUGCUCCAUUCGCCUGCGCAGCUCUGAGGUUCAUGGGCUUCGUCGCUGGAAGGAGCCGGAUCGCUAUCGGUGCAAGGUGGCGCUAGGUAGUGUGCACCAUGCCACUUGCCAUCUCUGACGACGACAGCGACGCGGGACCCUCGACGAGGGACGCGAAGCGCAAGGCGAUAGAGAUUUCCUCGUCGUCGUCCGAAGCAUCCUCAUCGGCAUCCAAGUACCAGACUGGGGAGGAUGGCGAGGAUCUUGUCGAAAACAAAGAGGCAGGCCUCACGAGCGCUUCGGAGCCCAAAGGCAAGGGCAAGGGCAAGGGCAAGGAGAGAGCGGGGACAAGUCAGUCCGAGGACAGGGUGGCCAGGGGAAAGAGCAAAAGCAAAGAGAGGCGUAUGGAGAAGAGGAAAGGAGGAGAUUCGCGGAACAAAAAGGCUCGAAGGUGGAGCUCGUCGCAUGAUGAUUCGAGCGAGAGUGAGGAGGACCGGGAUCCGAGGAUGAGGAGGAGGACGAGAAGCAGUACCAAAGGCAGGAAGAAGCGGAGUCUGGCCCUAUCCUCCUCGUCUUCAUCGUCAUCAUCCUCUCGAGCUGCUUCUCCUUCGUCGUCAGCAUCGUCAGCCACCUUCUUUGGCCGUCUUCACGACUCUGACUCUGAGCCGGAUCUCGGCUCUUGGACGCGCAAGGACCAGAAACAGAUCGCCGUCUCACGAGAGGGUCCUGAGGAGAAGGACGAGGGUGGGAACCCAGUACAUGAGGUGUCGGGCAUCUUGCGAUGGCGACGACAUCCUCGGCGAAUGUACCCGCAGUACCGGGCCGCUUGGAAGGGGUGGGGUUUGUGGGACAAUACAUGGGAACACGGCGAUUGUUUCAAUCUCACAGGCGAGAACCGCUCCGAUCCAAAAGACGUCAUCAAUCGGUUCUGGCAGGAUCUAGAGAGGGAAGGGCUGCAGCAAAGGCCGAGCGACUGGGACGAGAUGGAAGAGCAUUCGCUGCAUUCUUCGGACACCUGCGAAAUGCUUGCCAGCGAAGACCCAAAAACGUACAAAGAGGGUUGGCGAAGGGCGCGAAGGGAUUUUAGGAGGGACAAGAAAGCUCAAAGACAGAUGAGCAGGAGGAAAGAGCAGUGGAGGCAAAGGGACGAAAAGGAAAAGGAGGACGCCAAGGAGGAUUUGAGGCAAAAGAGAAGAAAGGAAAAGGCGUUCAAGGAUGAAUUGGCGGCGAGAGCGACGGUGUCAACGGCGACUUCGUCAAAAGCCCCUAUCACCAUAAAGACAACACCUGUCAAUGGCCACAGACCAAUGACUUCUCGAUUUGACGCAGCCGUCCCGGUCUCUGCAAUUGGUCCUGCACAUUCUUCUUCCACCGUGAAGAAGUUGUCCGGAACGAUGACACAGCCGAAGAGCAUUGCUUCGCACUCGACGCCCUCUUUGCAAGAUGCCGCAAAAUUCCUCCCUUCGCCGGCCACUGCUCGACGAGGAGGAGUUGCAGGAGGUCGAGGAAGAGGGGGCUAUGUGGGACAGCACCGGCAGCCUCCUAAGGUCAAGGUCUUCGAUCCUCUUGCUUCCUUCCCUAAACCUUCGCAUUCGACAACUUCACGGUCGCAACCUUCAGCUUCAAACGUAACCUCUGCGACGCAGCAACCACUCUCGGCCAAAGUGCCGUCGGGGGAAGAGGGUCCAGCAAGGCGGGCAAGUAGUGUGUCGAGGAUCGAACAUCGUUCUUUAGCUGUCCCUUCGACCGGCCCAAGAAUCAUAGCACAGGUCUCGCCACCGCCUGCCAUGUCUGUGCAUGCUCCACCAACGACAACGGUACUGCCCGCUCCUUCUUCUGGUUCGAACUUUGUAUCGACACUAUCCGCGCCAGCUUCGACAACUGACCCAUCCUCUCGACGCCAGCUUCAGUCUCCUCCGCCCACUUCCGACCACACGAACCCAAGACCAGAGCAAGCUGCGCCAAGCCAGGUUCUCCGAAUGGGAACUGAUCCGAGACGGAGGGUCAAUGGGCCGUCGCACCCACCUCCUAGGUUCACAAAUCCGGUGUCUGGGAAUUCGCUUGUCCACUUGGCGCAGGAAACGGCCGCGAAGCCUGCUCAACACAGUUACAAUCCAUCGAUCCGAUUGCCGCACGAUCCUGCACUCCGUUCGCCACUAGAGCCAGGCUUGACCCGUUCGAGUAUCUCUCCAACUAUCGAUGGACCCAAGUCGCCUCCGCCGGGUCCUGCAAGGGCUCCCGUGGGCGCUGGAGAUAGUGUGCGCCUCUCAGAGAGAACUUCUUCCUCUUCCUCGAAUGGUGCUGCCCUGGGCAGCGGCAGCGAGGUCGUGAACGAGCUCAGCAGGGGCGACAAGAAGGCAGCUGAGGCUGCACUUCGCGAGUGGAAUAUCACCGAGGAAGCCAAGGACUUCUUCAGACCCCGGUAUAAUGUGGUCCACAAGGACGAGAAGAAGCUCCUCAAGGUGCUCCUCUUCUGCGGAGCAACUUUUAAGCUCGAGAUUGAGCCAAAGUUGUUUGAGCCAACAAAGAAUGUCAUCUUCUGGGUUCGCGAUCUAGGCAUGCCGCUCUCGAUCAAGGAGGGUGAAGCGCUUCAGAGGCCAAACUUUGUCUUCUGGACGUAUGGAACUACGGCUGGGGUCAGAGAAGUCUGGCCGCUUCACACCGGUGGCAUUCUGAUGUACACCUUUGGCGCCCUCUUGCACCGUCUGGUCGACCAGUGCCAUUUUCAUCGAGACCAGCAAGAGGAAGCAGGGCGGGUCCUUUUGCACCCUGUUCAGAAGCUCUUCUUUGAACAGCUCGUGCACACCGUCAAAGGCCCUUCUGCCCUAAUCGACGUACUGGAAGCCCUCAAUCUCGUGGACCCGUCUCAAUCGGCGGCGGCAGCCAUCUCGCUAGUCGAAGGAGGCCUCCUGGCAAUCGAAACGAUCGAGGAGGUGGACCUGCGCGAGAUUGAGAGCCCUAUCUCGACGAUCGUCGAUCUAGACGAACAGCUGCAGAGCGACGCAUCCUCUAGUGCAAAGAUCCUGGAAUUAGUCAAGGAGGUCGACGUAGAGACACGGGAUGUGCUUCGGAAGCUUCAGGUCCACUUCGCAACGAGGAAACGGACAUUCACCCUCAUCAUGGAGUCUACCCAGCUCACGGAGGCAGAAGUCGGAACGUGUACAAGGGUCACCAAGAAGCCGCGGUACCGGUCGGUAGCAUGAGAAGAGUGGGGUGAGAGGAAAGGUGAUCGAUGGGUCGUCGCGGUUGUACUGUACAGUAUAUCAGCAAUUCAUAAGGUGAAGCAGGCUCUCUCACAGCAUCGCUUUCACAAAUACCAUACUU